UUAUUUAUACGUCUGUGGUCCAACGGAGUUCAGAUGGAGUGCUGUGUGCGUGUGUGGAGAUGAGCUGAAGUCAUGAGCCUGGGCUGUUGGAGUGGUUUUAAUCAGCAACCCGUUAGAGGAGAAUGGAAAACGUCUGACAGGGUGAAGAACUGAGUCGAACAUCACUUGCCUUUCUCUGCUGGGGGCCUCUCAUUUCUUGCCUGCUGAUGUCAUGGAAGAACUCAAGCCCAGAACUGAUGGAGAGAGAACUUGAGUACAGAAAACAUACCUUUCUGCCUUACUUUUAUGCUGGCGGAAAGCAGCCAGACUGAUCGCCCCUAUAAUGUGGAAAUGGGACAAAUCAGAAAUCUGAGGUGCCAUGGCUUGCCGGCAGAUUGUGCCUGGCCGGAGAUGGUGUCGUUUUCGCCCAUUCCUGAUGGUGCUGGUCCUGGCUGCCUAUCUCUUCUACCAGACCCUGAUGCCUUUAAGAUCCAAGAGACCAACAACUCCUACAAGUGGCAAUGGAUUGCUGCCCAGCAAAGCAGCUGAGAUGCAACAUCAGACACACCAAGUCCUUGCAAGGCGAGUCAGUUGCUUCAUUCCUUCUAACAAACAAGAAGGGCAGAAGGAGAUUGAAGAUACCAGUUUUAAGUUUUUUAAUAACAAAGCUAAGGAAGCCAUACUGCACAUCCCUUCUUCUGGCAAUGGACAAGAUCUUCAAUUAUAUCAGCAAAUCCUUACACAACACAAUUAUAGAGUUACAGUCAUUGAAGACAGGAAACUAAACAGAAAUGAACAUUUACAUCCAGAUGAAUUAAGUUCUUGGGACCUUUUGCUUUGCCUCUCAUCUAACAAAGCUGACCAUGAAAAUUGCUUAAAUAUAGUGGAAUCAUAUCAACCAACACUACUGCAAAAGGCAAAUGUUCUCUCUCAAAUCCAGCAUCUGCUUUCCAGAAAAGAAGGAUUGUGCCAAAUAAUGAGAACAUUUCCAGAUUUGCAUCUUCCAAUUAUUUCUUCUGCUUGCCCAGAAUCAAAAAUUAUAUCUCUUCAUACACUCCACUCAUAUGAUAAGAAUGAAAGGAUACGUUUGAUAGAAACAUUACAUCAGCCAGCCAAGGUUGUUCACCAACAUCCAAUCCCCAUUAAGACAGAAAAUAAGGAAGCCUUUAAAAUUCAAGAUUUUUCCAUCAUCAUCAAAGUGUAUGUGUUGGUGACAUCAUUAACACCUUUACAGGCAUUCAUUCAUUCAACUGGAAUUGUCUGGGAUCCACCUAAGAAGAAGCAUUUUUCAGUCAAGUUGCAAACAUUUUUUCAGACAUUUUUGAGGGCUGCUUCUCCUCAGCAGGCUUUGGAUGACAUGAAAGAGGCAAUAAGCCAACUCUUGUUGAUAACUGAGGUUUUCAGUGAAGCAGCAUUGCCUCAACCACAAACUACUAGCCAAUGCAGUUCUUGCUUUCAGAUGUUAACUUUUGAUAUUGGAUUUGGACACACUUUUUAUCCUAUUGUUCUUGAGGUACAUGAAUAUUUUGAUUUUCAAGCUGAUGAAGAUUCAUUUUCAGAGGACCAAAGUGUUAAAGAAAUUCUUCUUAGAGAUACAUUUAAUAUCCUGUUAUCAAAUCAAACGUCUUCUUCCACUUUCUUUGAAGCUAUGCAAAAUGUAUAUCGAUCAGCAAGAAUUAAGGAUGACCAUCUCAAGGAGAAUUCUGAUUAUUGCCUAACAUUAGAAGAAUUAAAUCCAUUGAUUAGCUUUGUGAAAGGGAUUCAAAAUCCAGGGCAGUUUGAAUUGCUUUUCCCUUCUGCUAUUCCUAAAAUCCAUUUUUUGCUGCAUGAUCUUUAUCGUAUAGUGAACCCAGGAAAAAAGCUUAACUCCAUCCUAGCUCUUCAUUGGUUCCUUUCAAGUUUAUUUAAACAGUUCCAAGGAAUUAGCAAAGUAGCAUCUGCAAACUUUCCAAAAGGGCAAAACCGUUCAAGAAAUAAGCCUUUGAUGACAGCUAAAUGGUCAAAUCUUGGGAUUUCUUAUUCAGAAAAAGACAACAUUCAACUAAGGUUAUCCUCCCCAGUCAAGGAAAAAGAUAAAGAACUACACAUUUUAAAUCUGGCUAAAGAAAUGCAUUGCAGUCAUGAUAAAGAUACACUACCUCAUAUCAAGCAGAUCAUCACUAGCCCACAUUUGGACUUAAAUCCUAAUUUUGACCCCAGAAUCAAAGAAUACUACACUGAAGUGCCUUUUGAUCUUUUGACAAUCAAGAUUAGAGCAGAACCCAUGAACUGUCAAGGUGAAGCCCACUUGGAUGAGAGACAUGGACCAAGCUCUGCACAUUACCCACUUGGAUUAGGUAUAAACAUAGUAAUUAUUGUAGUAACAGACAAGUCUCAAUCAGUCAAUGAGAUUGUGAGCAUCUACAAAAUCAUCAUUUUUCGUGAAGACCGUCCAAGCUUACCAUUAUUUGAUGAUUUCAUGCUGUGUGGUUUUAUACAGGAUUGUGGCUCAGUCAUUCAUCCUGAGGAAUCCUGUGGUUUGCAGCCUCUCUCUGCUGAAUAUCUGUCUAUCGUUUCACAGCCACAGUUGAAGACAUGUGAAAUGGGGGAUGUAAAAGGACAGUGGAUUGUUCCUUGCCUUAGUUGUUCUGAUAACAGAACCUGUGAUUGGAGGCAGAUAACAUGGCAGCCAAAUAAUUGUCAGUACCCUGUUUUGAAUAAACCAGAACUCCAAAAGUGUGUAGAAAGAAAAAAGGUUCUUUUCAUUGGUGAUUCCACUAACAGAGGGAUGAUGUAUUACCUGAUAGAGAGAGUGAAUGAGACCCUUCAAGAAUGGCAAAAGGCACAUGGCAUGAAGUUUUAUCACAAUGUGAACAAUGGGAGCACUUUCAUUAGUUAUUCAUAUUAUCCCCAAUUCUGGAUCAGUGUCAGUCAAAGACCUACAUUUGAAGAAGCUCUAGAGCAGCUGCUAUUCAGAUCACAGCCAUUAGAGAAUACAGGCCAAACCAUACUAGUUAUUGGUGGAGUCCAAUGGCUUAAUUUCAGUCACUUGCAUAUUAUUCAAAAAGUACUAAAGCGAAUGAAUCUCUCAAAUAUAAUGGUAGUGAUAAAAUCCCUAGGAAUGGGCUUUCAUCUGCCAGUAGAUGGAGUACACACUUUGUCAUCAUCAGAAAUACAGAAUUUGUGGAAAGAAAAUCUUGCUAUUCUAAACACUGCAAAACACUAUGGCUAUGAGGUCGUUGAUACUUUCAUUAUUACAAUGGGACGGUACAAGGAAUUUUUGCAAGGGAAAUGUGGUUGUCAUUUUCAUGAGGUGGUGAAAUCAAAGGCAUCUGAAAAAAGCUUUCCUAUAGCAACAACAUUCGCAAGACCCUAUGUUCUGGGCAAAUAUUUCAACAACCAAAGCAACCUUGUAAAACUGCAAGCUUAUGCAUCCAAUUCUCAAUCUCCUUAUCAUGUGAGAGGCCCAAUCAAUCAAGUUUAUUCUGAAAUACUCCUCAGCAGGAUCUGUGGGAACAACAGAAAGGAUGUCAGCAUGUAAUUUCGAAUGUUAGGCAUGUAGAGCUCAAAGACUCCCCAUUUUCCCAUGGAGUGGCCCACUGAUCCUCUCAGAUUUAGUACACAUUUCUCUGAAAGGCGGAACAGAUUAGCAUAAUUCAAGACAUGUGGGCAUUUCAUCAAAGCCAUAGAAAAUCAAGAUGGAUCUUCAUAGAUUUGUGGCUUCAGAGGGAGAAACAGAAGCACAAGUGGCAAAAGCAAGAAGAAAAAGUUACUUGAAAUAGUGCCCAACAUUAAGUCAGAUGUAAGCUACAUUUAUGCAAUAUUGUAUGAUAGGAUAUACUGCAAUGCACUCAUUCCAUGUUUAAAGAUUUUAUGAUUAUAAAUGAAAAAAGCAAUAGAAGAAAAUGUACUUUUAGCAUUUGCAUUGAAGAAAUGAUGGCAUCAAUUCUAAGACUGCAAAGUAAUAAUAAUAAAAAUCUCACAAGAGAUUUUUGUCCAGACUGAUUAUGUGCCAUCAAGUCAAUUUCAACUCCUAGUGACCACACAGUUAAAUCUUUUUCCAUGACAAACUGUUCAUAACUUGGUCUUUUAGUUCUUCCAAUAGUCUAUGCAUCACUGUAACUGAACGCUUCCACCUUGUUGCUAGUUAUUCUCUUCUCUUUCCUUCCAUCCUUCCCAGCAUUACAACCUUCGUUAGAUCUCUUGAAAUAAUGUGUCCAAAGCAGGAUAAUUUUAGCUGGAUCUAGUAGUGAGUAUUUUGGGUUGAUCUUGUUCAAAUUAACCUGACUUAUAUUCAAAAUGCUAGGUAACUUCUACUUGUAGCUCUAUUGCACUGAUUAAGGUUACACAAGUACCAUGUGGCUCCAUGAAGAAGUUUUAUUCCUUCUUCUUUGUCCUCUGUUAUUAAGUUGAUGCAGAUUUCAGAAUGUUUGUCUGUAAACAGAAGCAAAACUUUAAAGAAAAUUGGUUUGGUUUGGUUUUAUGGUUUUAUUUGAUUUGUAUACCGCCCUACUCCCGAAGGACUCAGGGCGGUGAACAGCCAACAAUAAAAUACAUAAAUACACAAAAUUUAAAAACCCGAUAAAAUCAAAUUAAACUUUUUGGCCCAGACAAAUUAAAAUACCCCAAUAAUUUAAAAACAGAUUAAAAUUUACAUAUUUUAAAAUUGCCCAUAUAAAUACCUUUAUUUUAUAACAUUACAUUUUCCUUCUUCCUCCUCCAGUAGUGGAAUUGACUUGAGAACUUCUAAACGAAAUUAUUGUACUGUUUAGCAAAACCAUUUAAGAAUGGGGAAAGAAAAUUCAGCUUGUAACUUGGAUCAAGGUAAUAUAAAAAAAGACCCAGUUUGGUGUAAUGAUUAAUGGUAUCAUGAAUCAAGGCAAAUAUACAUGUCCUAAUGGUCCUACAAUGGUGCAGGAUCCAAUCUGGGUAAAUCACUGGGAGCAGAGGUUUAGUCUCUCGAGCUUUCGGACUUGUGCUGGACCCCAUCCUCAGGAAACUUCUCUCUACAGCAGGGUGUCAAACUCAAGGCCAGGGGCCGGAUCCAGCCUGUAGGAUGCUUAGAUCUGGCCUGCGGGGUCACCCUGGAAACAGAGAAGGACUGGCCUGCAGUGCCUCUGCCAGUGAAAACAGAAGAGCUGCCUGUGGCCCUCCCAAGUUCCUUUUUCGCUGGCAGAGGGUUGCAGGAGACUAUCGCAGCUGAAAACAGAGCUCGGGCGCCUGUUUUCGCUGGCAGAGCGCUCAGGCUACCACAGGCGCCCCAAACAUGAGUGAUGUCAAGCUGGCCAUGCUCACCCUGGCUAUGCCCACCCCAGCCCCCCAACGUCAAACACAACCCUGAUGCAUCUCUUAAUGAAAUCGAAUUUGACACCCCUGCUCUACAGGAAUGUGUCCUUUGGGGUAUUCUAUGCUUAGUAUUUAUGUGGUGCCUGAUUGGGUGAGACUUUUUAUUGGUUGAUUGGGGUAUUGAUGGCCGGCUAUUAAGUUGUUGGUUGUUGUUUCCUUGUGCUGCCAAGUCCUCAGCUCCAAAGUACCUGAUAAGUUGGUGGUAAAUCAGCACUCCGGUUGACUGACAAGGAGCCCAUUUCUCAGACUUCAAUCAUUUCCCUCUGUAUCUUUGUACCUGCUCGGCCAAGGCAUCAGGCUAGAAACCAGGAGACCAUAAGUUCUAGUUCCACCUUAGGCAUAAAGCCAGCUUGGGUCAGAAAUUUUAUCUCAAUGCUAGGAAGUAGUAGACAAUGGCAAACAACUUCUGGGAAACCUUGCCAAGAAAACUGCUAGGAUUGUCCACUCCAGGCAGUCUCCAAGAAUCAGACAUGACUGAACAGAAGAAGAAAAAAGUAUGAAACAGACUGGUUUCCUUAAAACCUUGUCAUGAGAUUGUAGUUGCAGGAUUUGAAUUGGUACUGAUAUUUUUGACUUACAUUUUUUAGCCAUAUGAUGUAUAUACACUGUAUUUUCUUUUGCUCUGCCAGAAAUCACGCCCGAAGGCUAAGGGAGGUUACAGAAACCUUGAUACUAUUUGCUCAGCUCAGUGAGAUUCUAUAUGUGCCUGGCAGCCCAGUUUACCUUGUUCGGUGUGUAUUGCCAACAGAAUCAUAGCAACAGCAACAACAAAACAAUUUCAUUUUCUUGCAGUGACCUUGCAAGUGUUAUCUGCAAGGUAUGGUAAAAGAGGUCAAAAUGGUAGCCAUGACAAUAGGACACACAUUUUAAAAAAUGGAAAGAGCUUUCAUUUCACCAUUAUGGAUGCUCUCUUGACUUUUCUAUUAUAUCCUGCAGACACCACCGGUCUCUGCAUUUGGACACAUAUUUUGCCUUUGUUCAUUUCACUGAUACUAGAGUGCAGUGUCCUCAAAAUUUCUCUCUGAAUAUAAAUAUUUUUCAUAACCUUACAGAAAUGAUUAUGCAUGUAUCUCAAACGAAAAAUUACAUACCUAGUCUAAACUUGAAGUAACUUGUAUUAGUGCCAAAGGUAAACCUGAAAUAAAGGUAAACCUGACUUACUGAACAGUCUUAAAAUAAUUAUAUUUACUUAUAACUUAAAUAUUCCUAUGGAUACAAAUUCUGAUUUUAAAAAACACAUACACAUUGAGAGGUGAUCCAGAUUUCCGAGAGCUUGAUUACCUUCCAAUAGAAGCAAAUAUUUAAAGAAGAUUGCCUGUAUAAAUAUAUUAUACUGAAAGUAAUGUUAAAGUUGAAGUCAUACAGAAAGUCUUUAAAAAAACAAACAAACUAUAACGAAUUCUGGUUCUGUAAUAGAUUUCAUGCUGGCAAAUGUGCAAUGUGAAUUCUGAAGGUUCAUUAUUAUAUGGUUAUCCUAUGCUGUAUUUCACUGUUUCAUGUUUCUCAGAUGUCGCUGUUUUGAAAGCAUCAUUUCAGUGCUUUAUUUAGGCAUAUUUUAUGUCAAUUUAUCACUGUAACAUGCAAAUCAACCUAAUAUGAAUACGGACCAUAGAUGUUUAUCAGUGAUAUCUAAAUUGUAAUUAGGCAAUAGUAAAUAUGUAUAAAAUAAAUAUUGAUACAUUGUAUGAUAUA